UGAUUUUGCUGAUAGUGAUAAUAGUGAUUGUGGUCGCUGGUCAGGUUUUUCGGCGACGAAAGUUUAAUUGUUCUCGAUAGUAAUCUCGUUAAAUUUUAAAUUAAUCGAGUAUUUCAGUUAAUUUGAUUUGAUUUAAAUGAGCAACGUUAUAUCUGUAACAAGUAUGUGAUGGUUUCCAAACUUCUUUUGAAAAAUGGCUGUUAUUUCCUGUUCAAGAAGCUAUUCACAAACCGAUUCUUUUGCUCCAAAAGUUGUCUUCUAUGGAUUUGGUUGAACCCAUGGUAUGUCCUGUUUUCACUUGGUUUUGCACUCAUUGUUUUCAAUGAAUGGAUGGCAUAUGCUUUUUUACCACUCAGAUGGCCUACACUAAAAUGUGGUCACACGCAUCCAUGUCUGAAAGUAUUAUUUGUGGCUGACCCACAGAUUCUGGGGGAGAUUGAUGAAACAGCAUUUGCCCGAUGGGACUGUGAUAGGUACUUACAUAGAACAUUUAUGGUUGCAAAAUCUUAUGCAGAGCCUGACAUAAUUGUAUUUCUGGGCGACCUAAUGGACGAAGGAAGCAGAGCCACUGCUGCUGAAUAUGAGCGUUAUCUAGCCAGAUUCAAAAAAAUUUUCAGCCUCUCCUCCUUUCAGCCAAAUCAGACUAUAUUUCUCCCUGGAGAUAAUGAUAUUGGAGGGGAAGAUGAACCAAUUACCAAAAUAAAAGUUGAAAGGUAUAAGAAACAUUUUGGUUCCAUCACCGACUUUUCCUACAGCCAUUUGGAGUUUAUCAAGGUGAAUAAAAUGCUCAGAACAUACCCUGAUGUCCCGCAAGAAAAAAAAGAAAAUUGGUUGCGUUUCGUUCUAUCUCACAUACCUCUUCUAGGCAUUCCAGGAACAUUCUCCUAUGAGGCGUUAAAUGAACUGAAACCAGAUUUCAUUUUCUCCGCUCAUGAUCACAAAUCGGUGCAUCUAGUGGGAAAUACAAAAACUGGAGAGAGAAGUUUCAUACAGCCAUUGGUCUCUAACAGAUUUGCAGGGCAUCAUCCGUCUUGGAUUUUUUUCCCCCCAUCUAGGGAUACCGUCAAUGAAAUAAUCAUUCCAACAUGUUCCUAUCGCAUGGGAAGCAACUUCAUGGCAUAUGCUACAGCAUACAUAGAUACUCAAAGGAACGUAAUUCAUUACUCCCUACUCACUCUUCCAUCCAGACUGCUUCACCUUUUCUCAUACCUGUUUUUCUUUACAAUUUGUUUUCUUGUGUCCAUCAUUCAGUACCUAUCACACCUAUGCAGGCAGCCACAGAUCAAGUACGUUCAAAUUCGUAGUGAUUAAUAUUUUUGAAACUCUUUUACUUAAUACUCUUAUGAAUAUUGAGCAAAUUUUAUUUAUAUUUUAUUCAUAUUUUUUGGUUAUUGUAAUUUUUUUGUUGUUAUAUUUAGUAUAAUUUGUUAUCUCUCAGGGUAUCCAUGAUUUUACAUCCUGCCAGUCUAAGAUAAAUACUGUUUUUAUAAAUGUCUAUGUUACAAUGUCAUAGUUCUCAAAUCCUAGGGUUGAACUAACUUUUCACGACCUCAAUUUUUACUGCUAUUUGACUGCAUCGACAGUUUUUAACAAAUUGCAAAUUUAUAACAAUGGACCAUUUGACAAGGUUUAUGUAGAACACUAUUUGUAUAACAAAAGUCACUAGAAGUAACUUCUUACCCAGGUAUUACCGUUUUUUGGAGCAUUAAUUUAAUUCAAACUUCCUGCUCUUAAAAAAAGAAUGAAAAAAAAGAACAAAUAAUCUACUUGAGUUAAAUUGUACUCUAAACGCUGCUGUAAUAGUCUUUGCAGUAUGAAAAUGUGACAACCUCAAUAUCGGCAUUUCAGUCUAGCUAAUGCAAGUUGUUCAUAUUUUGGAGUACAUAGGGUGGGGAAGAAAUUUUGCAUAUCGAGAUGCUUGCCAAAACCGUUGUAGUGUAUUUGAUUCAAGUAGAGUCAGAUUUUUGAUGUGAGCAGGAAAUUCUCAUUUUUUAUGACCAACGCUAAAUGGGAACCUUAUUAUCUUGGUUGCAAGUUAUUUCCAUUAACUUUUAUUGCUUAAAUUGCAAUCUAAGUGCAGUUUGUAAGAGGAUACAUGUAUCAGAAUGUUUAAAUUCGUACCUUGUAUGGUGGUCCAUUGAGUCUACUCUUUCCAAGCACAACUUUCUAUUCUGGGGUAGCAUUUUUUAUUAUUUCAGAUAAUAGAUUAUCAAAAUACAACUAUGUAAUUACGUCUUUUACUUCAAGUUUGAUAAAGGACAAAUAAGUGUCAUCCGACAAAUAGGAAGGUCCUGGAUCAAAAGGGAUUUUUUUUUCUUUUUUUAAGCUCUACUCAUUUUAAGUGUUAAAGUUAAAUCAAAGAUGAAUCUGAUUGCUGCAUUCCAGUCACAGGUUCGCACUUUUUAGUGUGAACAACAGCUAGGUGAAGUAAAAUUUUUUUCUGCUGUAAGAAACUGAAAAAGCAACUUUUCUUGUCAAACUUUUAGGUUGCAUCUCCUCAUUCCAAAAUCCUCAAUUCAAAUUAUUUCAUUCGCAACACUCGAUGGUGAUUUCUCUUACUGCUAUCGACUGACUCAAUCUCGCAUGAUUUUCUCACAAUUAAAGUGAAAAUAAUGUUGCUUGGUUUUUUUUCUCCCAAGAAUUAAUUAUAAAGGUAAUCUAUCAAGGUAAAUUACAAGACAUAAAAUAUUGUGAUUUCAAUUAAAUUUUAUGAAGUGAAGUUAUGUGUUAGGAAUGUUAACCCAGUAACUGCGAGUAGUUUUUCAACCUAUGAAGUUAAUUAGAAAAGAAGUGGGGAAUGUGUACACAGUUAUCUGAAUGGACCUUAUGACAAACUGCGUUUAACUGACAAGUAGCAACAGGCUGAGUUUAAUUGAUUCAUUAUUUAUUCUUUUAUUUAAAUGUUGGGUCUGUGAAGAUUUGCACAAUAGAAAUUUGUCAGGUCAACUCUGAAGCAAGAAAUUCAUUUUCUUAGUCAGCAUGGCUUUUGACAAAUUACAAAGUCCAGCCAUGAAAGAAAGAGACUCUCUUUCUCUCAUGGUCCAGCCCAGUAGAAGACCUAACUCCAAUGAGUUAAAAUGACUAUUAAGAAUGAACUUAUCUGUUUUGCAAGUGACCUCUCUUGAGUUUUAGUGAUCUUGUGUGUUUUACAUGAUGUAGAAUGCUCUGAUUAAUGAUUUGAGAGAAAUAAGCUCUCAGACAAUUUCAUCGAUUGCAAAAUAUCUAAACAUUUGUUAAGUUCGCCAUUUGACAAGAGUUGAAUUUGGUUUUUUCAUUACGUAGAUAUUUUAAUUCAUGGUCCGAAAACGUUAAAUUCUUGCAUCAGAAUUAUUCCAAGAAAUUAUCAUUGUGUAAAUUAUUUUUUAAUUUUGUAAAAGAAAAAUGUUGCAUAAUGUUUCUGUAGACACAGUGUAGUGCUUCAUUUUAUAUUGUGUGUUGACUUUGAAUCGUGAGUGAGAUUAAAAUUGUUUUUAUCUCAAGUGCAGUAGGUACUCUAAAGUGCAGGAGUUAGAUUCCAAUUUUGAACUGUCCAUAACAUAAUGGUAGAUUUUAAGAGCUUUUUGUGAUAACUGGUUAAAAUAUAUUUCGGACAAAUUUGGCUAGCAAAAUUUAAUUAAAUUUUUAUACUUCAA